AUGGUCAGUUUGGGUUCUACUUUAAGAAAGAGGGAAUUGAGUUCUUCGGAAGAACUGAAGCUUAUGGGUGGUAUCUUUGAAUUUGGUUUGAUGGUAAGCAAAUGUUUUGCUGACUUGAUGGCGAGGUUGACACUCGGAUUGUUUUUCGGGCUAGAGAGCUAG